CGCUGUUGCGCAAUCAAUCCCACUGCUGUGAUCUUUCUGCGGAGGAGCAAUACUUGGGGUAGCCCAUCAUGGCGGACCGUCAAGAACUUAUUCGCAAUGCGCUUGCUUUCCUGGGUGACCCGUCUAUGCGACAACAUCCCAUUACACAAAAGAUUGCCUUCUUAGAAUCAAAAGGACUAACAAAUGCUGAGAUUGAACAAGUCCUGGCUCAAUCCGCGAAUACUUCAGUGCCACCUACACCUUCCUAUCCUUCGACACAAUAUGGACAGUCAACUUAUGCACCAAGUUCAUAUAACCCUGCACCCCUUGUCGCACCUUCGGUUCCGGAGAGGGAUUGGCGGGAUUACUUCAUCAUGGCUGUUGUUUCUGGCGGCGUAAUGUACGGGGUAAUGGCCCUUGCCCGGAAAUAUUUAUUUCCUCAUCUCAAACCGCCAAGUUCGAGCGCUUACGAGGCUGACCGUGAUGCAUUGACAGCCCAGUUCGAUGCCGCAGCUGCUAUGAUUAAAGAUGUUCAAUCUGGGUCAACAGCGGCCCGUGCCAUUAUUGAUGAAGAGUGCGCGAAAGUUGAUGCUGCUCUUGAAACACUUCAGGUUGCUCUCAACGAGGGAAAAGAAGCAGAAAACAAAACAAAAGCCGAGUUAAGAGAAAUACGUGACGAGGUCAACAAUGUACGAGACAUGUUACCGAAGAUGCUGGAAAAACAUGGAGAUGCACAAUCGCAAGCUCUCGUCGAUCUUCAGCAGGAACUCAAGUCACUGAAAGCUCUCCUCUUGUCACGUUCUGGACCUCAGUUAUCGUCUAUUUCGCGUCCCGGCUCGAACUUCUCGCCCGCUGGAGGCUCCACAUUUUUGCCAACCAAGCCAACCAUCCCUUCAUGGCAACUAACCGGCUCACCAACUUCCAACACAGCGACGACUUCGCCCCCCAUCAUACAUCCUGUUCCAUCUGCCCCUGGAGAGAAGGUUUUAGAACCACUCGCUGCUGUUGUAGAAACCCCACCUGCCCCUGAUAAGGGAAAGGGCAAGGAAGAUCUAUUGUCAAAUUCUGGCGUGCUUGUUGGCUCGGAGACCGAAAAUAAUGAAGUGGUUGCUUAAUCUAGACAAGAUGACAUUGCAGCCCCGUACAAUAUGCCAUUGUACUUUAUGCGAUCGGUCCAGAUAUCGACGCUUUACUGAU